AUGAGCAGUGCCGACGUGCCGCAGGCGGACAACAUGACUUACGCGGACUCGUAUGCCCAUUUUGGUAUCCACGAGGAGAUGCUCAAGGAUGAGGUGCGCACGCUGUCCUACCGCCAGGCGAUCCAGAACAACCCCCACCUGUUCAAGGACAAGGUGGUACUGGACGUGGGCUGCGGUACCGGUAUCCUGUGUAUGUUUGCUGCAAGGGCCGGUGCGAAGAAGGUGAUUGGUGUGGACAUGAGCAACAUUAUCGACCAGGCGCGCGAGAUUGUCGCUGCGAACGGCUUUGACGACGUCAUUACGCUCGUCAAGGGCAAGCUCGAGGAGGUGGACCUGGGCCUUGGUCCCAACGGAAAGGUCGACGUGAUCGUGAGCGAGUGGAUGGGAUACUUCUUGCUGUACGAGAGCAUGCUCGACACGGUGCUCCUUGCGCGCGACCUCUACCUGGCUCCGGACGGUAUCAUGAUGCCCGACAGCGCGACGCUCUACCUCUCUGCGAUCGAGGACCAGGACUACAAGGAGGAGAAGAUCGACUUCUGGGACGACGUGUACGGCUUUGACUACUCGUGCAUCAAAGAAAUUGCUCUCCGUGAGCCGCUGGUCGACACGGUGGAGCUGCGUAGCGUGGUGUGCGACCCUGCUGCGGUGAAGCACCUGGAUCUGCUUACGGUCAAGAAGGAGGACCUUACGUUUGCGAGCGACUUCCAGCUGCGUGUCACCCGCAACGACUACGUGCACGCCUUCCUCGGCUGGUUCGACAUUGGCUUCGAGGCGUGUCACAAGCCGGUGCGCUUCUCGACCGGUCCCCACUCGCGCUACACCCACUGGAAGCAGACCGUCUUUUACACCCCCGAGACGCUCACCGUGAGCCAGGGCGAGGUGAUUUCGGGCCACCUGACCUGCGCUCCGAACGCACGCAACCCCCGCGAUCUUGACAUUUCGAUCCAGUACAAGCUCGAGGGCGCCAACCCCGUCGAGGCCGAAAUGAAGUACAAGAUGUCCUAA